AUGGCUCGUCGUCUAACUAAAGAACUCGCUGCAUUGGAGCAGAACUCGCCCGACUGGUGCUCGGUCAGUGCCGUGGACAACGACCUCAUGCACUGGAACGCUAUGCUUGCCGGACCCGAGAACUCGCCGUAUUCUGGUGGUGUCUUUAACUUGGAUCUGGUGUUCCCGAUCGAAUAUCCCUUUAAAGCCCCCAAGGUCCGCUUUCUGACGCGGGUGUACCACCCCAACGUCAAGUCACAGUCUGGUGAGAUCUGUGCCGACAUUAUUAACGAGAAUUGGGCUCCGACACUCAACGUGCUUCACUGCUUGACUGCAAUUAAGCAGAUUUUGGAACAACCAGAUAUGGACAAUCCACUGGAACCUGAGAUUGCCAAGCAGAUGCACGAAAACAAGACGGACUUUGAAAAGACGGCAUUGGAAUGGACGGAACAACCACAUUCGUCCAUUAAUAAUGAGACUAGACCUCCUACUGUAGUAUGGUAUGCUCCUUUCUUGAGUGGUGGUGGCUAUUGCAGUGAAGCACAUUCGUACGUCGUAGCAGUAGAUGCUGCGCUGAGACUUUCGGCUUUAACUCGCGUUUCGAGCUCAAGGAAUACUGGAAAUCAGGAGAAAUAUGAAGCUAGACAAGAUACAGAAACGUCCGUGCCAUUUGAACAUUCUUUUGAGCUUCUAAUUACCCAGCACGGGGACUCCAUGAACCCGUUAUUUAUCCAAGACCUGCCGAUGGACAUGAAGACAAAGCUGGAACAGCAUUGGAUCGAAGAGAAAGAUUUCUUUUGGCGUUUCAAGCAGAAGAAAGUUUCGUUGGCAAUUUGCCACUCGGAGCCAGGGGCGUGGGAGCCAGCACACUACAUGACAUCUCAUUGUCCACCCAAAGGUGCCCUCUAUAAGGUCGGACGGACCAUGUUCGAGACGGAUCGAGUACCGAAAGGAUGGCCGGACAGGAUGAAUAAGAUGGACGAGAUCUGGGUCCCGACCAAGUUUCAAGAAAAGAUAUUUGUUGAUGGAGGAGUAAGACCAGAAGCUAUCAAGAUCGUACCGGAAGUUGUGGAUGUUGACUUCUUCGACCCGAAAAAGGUUGAGAAAGUCUAUGAUCUCGUGAGUGAGACAGCGUUUGACAUGACGGAUGAAACGACAGUAUACUUGUCGAUUUUCAAGUGGGAGGAGAGGAAGGCGUGGAAAGUACUGCUGACGGCGUACUUCCAGGUGUUCUCAGCUCAAGAUGAUGUCGUUUUGGUGCUGCUUACAAAUGGAUACCACUCGACAUCGUCGUCGACUGAAGACUUUAUGCAUAUUAUCGAAAAGUUUGCGAUGGAAGCGGUCAGCAAGCCACUAAAAGAGCUGCCUAACGUCCAUGUAUUGCCACCGCAUAUUCCGCAGAAAUUGAUGCCAUCGUUGUACAAGGCUGCCAAAGCGUUUGUUCUUCCGUCGCGUGGUGAAGGAUGGGGCCGACCCCAUGUUGAGGCUAUGGCGAUGGAGCGCCCUGUGAUUGCUACGUUUUGGAGUGGUACCACGGAGUACAUGACGAAGGAGAACUCAUACCCGCUAGAUAUUGAUAGACUCGUCGAGAUAACGGAGGGCGCAUUUCAAGGUCACAUGUGGGCUGACCCAUCUGUGAAGCAUCUAAAGGAACUGUUGCUUUGGGUGAAAGAGCAUCCUAAGGAAGCAGUUGCCAAGGGCAAACAAGCUCGUAAAGACAUGGUGGACAAGUACUCACCGGAGAAAAUUGGAAAGGUUGUUCUCGGGCACAUUACGCGUAUAUUGGAGCACGUUGGUACACGAGAAGAAGCUGCUAAAGCUAAUGAUGUUCACGAAGAGCUAUAG